AUGCCGUCUCAUUCGUCUUCAUCUAGUUGCACGUCAAAAAAUUCCAAUCGUGGUUCCAGUGGUAAAUCACAAAGUCGUCAUAAUCGUAAUGUUCGUUUAGAAGAACAAAAUAAUAAUUAUCGACGCAAUUAUCGUCCAUUUACAAUUCCAUCAUCAUUUUACAAUAGUGUACAUGUUCAUCGAUUCACAACAAUUGAUAUUAUGUCUACAUUGAUCAAUCAUUUUGAAUCAUGUUAUAGAUAUUCAAUCGACACUGAAUCAGAUCGAUUAACAAAUGAAUUAUCACUUAUUCAAGUUCAUUCUAUUCCUCAAACUUUACCAUCAUUUAUUGUGUUAUUUGAACUUAAUCAUCUUCCUCCAAUUGACACAUUAUUGUAUGAAAAAAUUCAAUUAUUAUUUUGUGUUUUAUUUCGUUUAGGAAAUAUUAUUUUUUCUUGGGGAUCGAUAUCUGAUGAAUUAAAACCUGCUGUUCGCAUGAAUUUAUUUACAUGGCCAUCGUUGGCAUUAUUGAUUAAUUUACAAGAUGAAUUUCCUGGUUGGUAUAGCAGGGCACAGCCUUCUUGUAAGGUUUGUAGUCCGGUUCAAUUAUCGACUACGAUUAUGUCUUCGAAAUCUUCAUGUACCUGUUCGAAUAAUUCUCCUUAUGUUAAUCCGGGAGAAAAAUGGUCAUUACAGAAUGCAAUUCGGUAUACUGUUAAUCGUUUUCUUGAUAAAUCAUCAACAAGAAAAACUUGGAGCAUUAUGUUAGAUCCUAAUUAUUCACCAUUAUCAUCGUCUGAACAACAUCAACGAAUUCAUUAUGCAACUUCCGAUUGCUUUGCCGUCACAUUUUUACAUCAAGCAAUCUAUGAAAAAUGGUCAAUAACUCAACUUCGUGAAACAGAAUUAAUAUCAUUAUUUACUUCGAAUGCUCCACCUUAUUCUUCAUCAUCAUUUUCAUCAACUUCAUUAGAAGAUAUUUCUGAAGAUGAAAAUGAAACAAAAGCAACAUCAUUAUCUAUUUCAAAUGCUCCACGUCAUUUACCAUUACCUUUAUCAACCUUAUUAGAAAAUAUUUCUGAAGACGAAAAUGAAGAAGGCGAAGACGAAAUAUUUGUUUCAUCUCUUUCUAGGCAUUAUGAUACAAAUACAUUAAUUAAUUCAACUCGGCAUGUUGAAAUUGAACCUCUUAUAGUCUCUAAUGUUGUUACUAUAGAACCUACGUCAUUAAAUCAACAAUUAUCUACAAAUGAACCACCUCAAUUACGUCGAAAUUGUCGUUCAUCAUCAGCACGAACACGUCGUAAUCACAAACGCAAUAAGGUCAAACGUUUACAUCGGGAUCAACAUCUUAUUCUUCGUAAAAUUUAUCACCGAUUCAACCUUCACCAGAUCAAGAACAUCCUUCGUAAUCGUGAUGUUCGAUAUGUUCAUUUAAAACUCGAUAAAUCUUCACAAGUUUUAUCAAUUGGAAUGAAAAAAUCAUCGUUGGUGGAUUUAUAUUUCGAUCGAUUACCUGGUGAUUUAUUUGACAAAGAACAUUAUCAACAAUAUCGACAACAUGAACAUUGA